AUCUGGGGUUAAUAGACUCACGAAGUAGAUAUGGGAACGAACCGCCUAUAAAAUAAGUCGUCUAUUCGUCUCCGUCUCCUCUCUCUGUCUUGUCUGAUUUCUCCAGCCCUGUAAAUUAAUCCCUAAACCCUAACUCCGAGGAUUCAUCGAAGCUUGGUUGAGGGGCGUAAGACAGACCAAAAUGGAGAGCCUAUGGUGAGUGGCGACAGGCCAAGACUCUAGCCCGGAGGACUACAGCGGCGUUGAGUUCUGGUCAAACCCCGAGCUUGCUGACUGGCUCCCCAAGCGAGGAGUGGAUCAGCUCGAUCGAACACCCAUCAGGCAUCACUCGUGAUCGGUUACCGAUUCCGAAGUCAUCGAUUACGUUGAUUCCGAAGUCGUCACGCUGAUCUCGAACGUUGAUUGUUGGCCAAGCACAGUGAUGUCUUUGCAAAGGUGAGAAAGCUAUAUAAGGGGAGACUUUAUUCAUUGGGAGUUUGACAAUUUUUUUAAGCCAUGUCAGCCGCCACAUCGGCGUGUGUGGUAGUGUGUUGAAAAGGAAGGCCUGUGUAUAGAAAAACAAAACAAAAACAACAUUUGAGCAUUUUUAGGAGUCGACGGCAAAUUACGAACGAACGAGAAAUCCACAAACGGUAUUUGUCGAGCGAUUCAGGUGAUUUUAGAUUUGAUGGAGUCGUCUUCAUCGGUGAUAACUCCAGAGGAUGUGUUGGAAUCGCUAAUGAAUGACGGUACAAUCGACGCGCUCAGAUUGAAGAUCAUCAACCAGCUCAAAGCCAACGAGGAGCUUAAGAAUACCACUAUUAAAAUGGCAGAACAAAGUAAAGUUCUUAACACCCCUGGGGCAGAGAAACAGACAAAAAGAGAGCUGUUUGAUGCACUGAGACAGGAACUCGAAGCUCCUGUGCUUGAGAAGGCUUCUAAAUCAGUUUGGGAGCUAAUUUUAGACAAUAAUGGGCUCGGGAAGGAAAUUAACGAGAUGGUUGAAAGAGUAUUUUGUCGAUUGAGUGGCCGUGAGUCUCCAUUGUUUCCUUUGCAAGAUGUUGGCACUUGGCCUAAUAAAAAAAUUCAGAAUGAAACAGGAAAAGAAUUGGCUAAUGAAAACAACGAAAAGGAGAAUUCUCCCUCUGCAUCAAAGAAAAGGAAUUUUAGUGAAAUGAAUGCUGAAGGUGCAUAUGAAGCUGCAAGCAGGUCUGGUGAUCCUCCAACCAUGCCAGAAGAGUCCACUAAGUCACCUCAAGUAAGCUUGAAGACAUGAGUUACUAUGUCAAAUGAGAUGACAGAAGUGGCUGCUGCAAAUAUGGUUUGUUAGUCUAGAUUUUGAUUUAUCACCAGUUUUUUAUUCCAGUUUAUGGAAUAAAAUUGAAAAUGUUAGGACCUAACUUGAACAGAAAUGAAUUUGGCAACUGAUGUGUUUAAGUGUUUACUCAAGCAGCUUGUUGUAUGCUGUAAACUUGAUUCAUGUAGUUAAUACCUGUAGUAAGUAUUGUGAAUGUUUGUUGAAAGAACGGCUGUAUUUACUGCCUGAA